GGACAGGACCCUUUUAUGGCUGCUGAUCGGACUCCCAAAGUUCUUUUUUCAACCCCAAAGAGGAGCAAAGUUGUCCGGCAUUACAAGCAGGCCGACUGUGAACUAGCAAAGAUUGACAUCCAUUGUCAUGUUCAAGGCGAUGUUGUUCUGGAGUGUAUUAGUCUGGAUAGUGAUUUGGAACGUGAGCAAAUGAUGUUUCGUAUCAUGUUUAAUACAGCAUUUAUCCGAUCAAAUAUUUUGAUGCUUAACCGUGAUGAAAUCGACACGUUGUGGAAUGAUAAGGACCAAUUUCCAAAGGAUUUUAGAGUAGAGAUUCUUUUCUCAGAUAUGGAUGCUUCUUCUUCUGUUAUUUCAAUUGAUAUGCCUCGGAUUGAGGACAAAGAGGGCCUUCCUAUUGAAGCAUUUGCCAAGGUUCAAGAAAUUUUCAGCAAUGUUGACUGGUUAGACUCAAAAACUGAGGUAGUGAAUGUGCUCCAGCAGAUCACAGCAUCAAAUAAGCUCCAGGAAAUAUUCGAAAGUGGGGUUUCUGUAAGACCGAGCAACUUGCCAAAGGAUUCAUUGUCUGGAAGAUUUAAUUUUGAUCCAACAACACUGGCAGAAAAUGAUAUCUCAAAUAUGACUUCCACAUCUUCUGGAAAAGUCCCUACGUCAUAUGAAUCAUCUCCGGAUCCUCCUUGCAAAAAGAAAAUGGAACCAUUGGAAACAAAGGUGUUGUCAGAAAAUAACAAGAUUACGACAUCAUCAGGUCAUGCGAAGCAAUUUGUUUCCCCAUCAGACCUCUCAACUGAUUCAAAUCUUGCUAAAAAGAUUAUCUCAUUGGAAUCAAAAGCGUCGCCGGAAAAUGAUACUGAGAAUCUUACAUUAAAGGAUCAAGGGAAUCAAUUUCUUCCCUUAGAACUGCCUAUGGAUGCACUAGAAUCAAAGACAUUGCUGGAAAAUGAUGCAAAAUUCAUUCCAGCAAUGGUUCAAGAGAAGAAAUCUAUUCUUUUAACUGAACCAUCCAUGGAAGCGAAAUCAAUGGGAAAAAAGUUCCAACCAUUAGAAUCAAAACCAUUGCCAGACAAAAAUACAAAGAGUCUCACAUCCUCAGCUCAGGCCAAAGAAUCUAGUCUCUCACACAAGCCUUCUGAUGAUGCUAAUUCUCUUAAGAAGAUGAUAGAAACAUCAGAAACAAUGGCAUUGUCAGAAGACAAUACCAAGAGUCUCACAUCCGCAGCUCAGACCAAAGAAUCUAUUCCCUCACAUGAACCUUCUGCCGAUCCUUAUUCUCUCAAAAGGAGGAUUGAACCUCAACAUUUGCAGGUUGCUCUUCAGUUGCCCACCCAAUCCAAAAUCAUUUCUCCACGGGUGCGUCAAGCUUCUCAAUCUGUUCCAGUUUUAUAUUGUAGUUCUUCACAAGGUUCACCUCUACCCAUAUCAAGAUAUCCUAGUGCCCCAUCAGCCCUUGGAAUAACAGCUUUGUUGCAGGAUCGUACGGAAGGGGAUAUCAAGAAAGAGGUCAAUCAUGGAGUUACUGUGCCCUCCUCUUCUUCUACGUUGUCUCCUUCUGUCUUAGGGGUGCCAAAAUCUGUAAGUCCUACAAGUGUUCCUCCAGUAUCAUCAUCAACAUUGCUGCGAUCUUUAGCACUGAAAUCUUUGAUGGAUGUUACUGCUGUCACACAUAACACUGUUGCACCCCUUGGUCCUGCUGUUUCUUCUCCUUCUCCUCCUCAACCGCAGCCUACGUCAGGAAUGAUGCAACCUAUUGUCACCCAGAACCCAGAAAAUAUAGCACCUGAUAAAACUAAAAAAUCACUGGUUCCUCCUACUCCUGCACUCCAAUCUCAAUCUCAGCAUACUUCAGAAUUGACGCAACGUGCUGUCACCCAGCACCCUGAGAAUAUAGCGCAUGAAAAAGGUGAAAAGUCAUUAGUUUCUCCUCUUCAAACUCCUUAUCAACCUCAGCUUUCUUCAGGAUUGAUGCAACCUAUUGUCUUUCAGCAGCCUGAAAAUAUAACACAUGAUAAAAGUAAGAAGUCAUUAAUUUCUCCUCCUGCACCUUUGCCAUCUCUUCCUGAGGUUAUCAAGAGUUCUAUUUCGACCCCUUCUCACCCCACUGCAGCCCCCCUUUCUCCAUCUUCUCUGAAGAGCUCAUUUUCAACCACUCUUUCACCACCUCCUGCCUCUCAACCAUCCUCUUCUUUUCCUGAAACAUGUCCACAUUCCACUGUUAAAAAUUCUUUCAAAGGCCCCCCACCCCCUCCCCCAGCUCCUCACUCAGCUGCAGCUCCUCUUCCAUCUCCUUCAUGCACAAAGAGUUCAUUGUCAACCCGUCCUCCGCCCCCUCCACUCCCUCCACCACCGUCUCCCUCUCCUCUAACAUCACAGUCCACUGUAAAUGGUUCAUCUGCAUCUCCCCUUCUCCAUCCCUCGCUUCCUCACACAACACCAGUUCCUCUCGCUCCAUCUUCCAUGAAUAGCUCAUUUUCACCCGCUCCUUCCCCAGCUCCAGCCCCAAGAUCUCCGCAUUCCACUUCAGAAAAUUCACUCAAAGCUCCCCCUCCCCCACCACCACCUCCAUCUCUAUCUUCAACUGCUAAGGCCUUUUCAAUACCUCCCCCUCCACUCUCUGGAAUUCCUUCUUCAGCUGCCAAUCUUAAUCCUUCUCCACUGAAUAUGAACAAUUCUGCUGCUAUCUCUGGCCCUCCACCCCCACCUCCGCCUCCUGGGCAUUCUGGAACCAUAUCUGGUCCUACUCUUACAUCAACAGUGCCGCCGCCACCCCUACCUCCUGCUUCUCCUACCACAUCUUUGUCAAAGAACUCUGCUACUGUACCUCCUCCCCCUUCAGCGAAUGGAUUGUCAAAGGCUGGAACUCUGCACCCUGGCACUGGUAACGGAAAUAUACCUCCAGCUCCUGGACCACCUAGUGUUCCUGGACCGCCUACCGUUCCAUUUGGUGCAAAGGGACGUGGCUUGUCACGACCAAAUGCAAAAAUUCAAACGCAAACUAAAAGGAGCAAUCUGAAACCUUACCAUUGGUUAAAAUUAACAAGGGUCAUGCAUGGAAGUUUAUGGGCUGAGACGCAGAAACCUGAGGAAGCUUCUAAGGCUCCAGAAUUUGACAUGUCAGAACUUGAGAGUCUUUUCUCUGCAGCUACUCCAAAUUCUGAUCGUGGAAGCAAAGGAGGAAAAUCAAAUCGUCUUGCCUCAGGGACUAAAACUGAGAAAGUUCAACUGAUUGAGCUAAGGCGAGCAUAUAAUUGUGAGAUCAUGCUUACAAAAGUCAAAAUCCCUUUGCCCGAUUUAGUGAGCUCUGUCCUUGCUUUGGAUGAUUCAGCAUUAGAUGCCGAUCAGGUUGAGAACCUCAUAAAGUUCUGUCCAACGAAGGAAGAGAUGGAACUGCUCAGGAACUACACUGGAGAUAAGGGCAACUUAGGAAGGUGUGAACAGUUCUUCUUGGAAUUGAUGAAAGUUCCAAGAGUAGAAAGGAAGUUAAGAGUGUUCUCUUUUAAGAUACAAUUCGGCACUCAGGUUUCUGAGCUUAGAAGGGACUUGAAUAUUGUAAACUCUGCAUCUGAAGAGAUCAGGAGUUCAGUCAAGUUGAAAAGAAUUAUGCAGACUAUUCUUUCUCUUGGUAAUGCUUUGAACCACGGAACUGCAAGAGGUGCUGCUAUUGGGUUUCGAUUGGAUAGUCUCCUUAAGCUCACUGAUACACGAGCCAGGAAUAACAAAAUGACUCUCAUGCAUUAUCUUUGUAAGGUGCUUGCUGAAAAGCUGCCAGAACUUCUAGAUUUCUCGAAAGACUUAGAGAGCUUGGAAGCUUCAACCAAGAUACAAUUGAAAUAUUUGGCAGAGGAAAUGCAAGCUAUUAGCAAAGGACUUGAGAAAGUAGUCCAGGAAUUGACUGUGUCAGAGAAUGAUGGGCCUGUGUCAGAAAAUUUCUGCAAGAUUUUGAAGGAAUUUCUUAGUGAUGCUGAAGCGGAAGUGAGGUCUUUGGCUCAACUUUAUUCAAAUGUGGGUAGAAACGCGGAUGCAUUAGCUCAAUACUUUGGAGAGGAUCCUGCACGUUGCCCAUUUGAACAAGUUGUAUCCACCCUGCUCAACUUUGUGAGGAUGUUUGAACGAGCCCAUGAAGAUAACUGCAAGCAGCUCGAAUUCGAGAGAAAGAAAGCAAUGAAGGAAGCAGAAAAUGAGAAGUUGAAGUUAACUCCUAAAAAGGAAUCAGAACAAACGAUGCGAACCCCCAUUGAGAGUGGCAAUAUUAAGUGAUGAAAUAUCAGAAGCUUCAAGCUGUAAUCAAGUUCGUGAAGUUCCCUUCUGAAGUGGACAGAAAGCCUCAACAUUAAAGAUGACACGAGUGACUGAUUGUCUCUUACGCAAGAAUUGUAACGUUGGUGACAUAUGGCUGAGAAUGAGAUUAAUUCUAAGAAGUCUUCAUAAAUCCUGUUUGGGAUAGUCGAGAAUUUUAGAUCAAUAUUCAUUUUAUUGUCCUACGGUUGUGCUCAGCAGAAAAGCAGGAACACACGCAGUUCAGCUCGAUGGCGAGCUACUUGUAACAAUUUUGGUGUACAAAGCAUGUAUGCUUUAGUUUUGCUCUGCUAGUUUGUUAUGAGUACUGAGUAAUGGCGAUGUAAAUGUUGAUAAUUUAUUCAGAUGAGUAGAUAGUGUAGCAUUUGCAAUCUUGAUAAUUGAGUUCUUUCGAGAUUUAUCAAACCUUGUAAUGAAAUUGGAAAGUGCAGAGGAAAAGAAAAGUUCAGGCCAUUCCUUGA